AUGCCAAAUCCCACCCACUCCAUAGGGCUAGCUGUUUCUACUGAAGAUGAAGAGAGACAAACAAAAGGCUCGAGCGAAAAAGUGAUCUCACAGAAACAGAAAAUCGGUUCUAAACACUUCGUUGGUUGCUUUUCUCUGUGUGGACCCAUCUCUAGUAAAUACGUUCGUUCAUUCGUUCAUUUUAGUCCCGCACAGAUUGUCGUGCGUUUGGUUUUGUCCUUAAAUUUCUACGAAGUCCCUAUUCCACACGUCGAGAUGGGUAGGGAGGACAAGGCUACUUGGAAGACCAACUACUUCACCAAGAUCAUCCAAUUGUUAGACGAGUACCCAAAAUGUUUCAUCGUGGGUGCAGACAACGUGGGCUCGACCCAGAUGCAGCAGAUCCGUAUCUCCUUGCGAGGGCAUUCCAUAGUGCUCAUGGGCAAGAACACCAUGAUGCGAAAGGCCAUCAGAGACCACAUGGACAACAACCCAGCACUUGAGAAACUCUUGCCUCACAUUAAGGGCAAUGUUGGUUUUGUUUUUACACGUGGAGACCUUGUAGAUGUCCGUGACAAACUAUUGGAGAACAAGGUCCGUGCUCCAGCUCGUCCUGGUGCCAUUGCCCCUCUGUCGGUCGUUAUCCCAGCUCACAACACUGGUCUGGGUCCUGAAAAGACCUCCUUCUUCCAGGCUCUUUCCAUCCCCACCAAGAUUUCCAAGGGUACUAUUGAAAUCAUCAACGAUGUACACAUCCUUAAGCCUGGUGACAAGGUUGGAGCUUCUGAGGCCACCCUUCUUAACAUGUUAAACAUCUCUCCCUUCUCAUAUGGAUUAGUUGUCAAACAGGUGUAUGACUCUGGUACCAUCUUUGCCCCCGCCAUCCUUGAUAUCAAACCUGAAGACCUUCGUGAGAAAUUCAUGGCUGGUGUUGCCAAUGUAGCAGCUCUUUCGCUGGCUAUCGGCUACCCCACUGUGGCUUCUGCUCCUCACUCUAUCGCCAAUGGAUUCAAGAACUUGUUGGCUAUUGCUGCCGUCACUGAUAUUGAAUUCAAGGAGGCUACACAAAUCAAAGAGUUUAUCAAGGACCCCAGCAAGUUUGCUGCGGUGGUCGCUACCGCAGUCCCCGCUGCUGCUGCCGCUCCCGCAGCUGCGGCUGAGGAGAAGAAAGAAGAGAAGGAGGAGUCGGAGAGUGACGACGACAUGGGCUUCGGUCUCUUCGACUAA